AUGGAUCAAGGAUUUGUAGGUUUCGAGUCAUCUGAGCCCAGUGGAGAGCUGAGAGUGGCAAACGUGACCGAGGCAUGUCCUCACUCCUGGCCAUGGCAGGUCAGCUUGCAAAGUGAAGAACUCCACUACUGCAGUGGCACCCUGAUUGACGAACGCUGGGUUCUGACUGCACGCCACUGCCGUGCUGAAGCUGGAGAUAUGGUGGUGCUUGGUGCUCAUGAUCUUAUGGUGGGAAGUCAGCAAGUAUCAAUCAAGGCAGUCUACAGUCAGCCCUAUGAUGGCAGCUACCCUCCGCUGCAUGACCUCACUCUCAUCUACCUCCGUGUUCCAGCUCGACUAGCAAAUCUGAGUCCUGAUGUUCUGCAUCAGGCCCAAGUGAAUCCACUACCUGAGCAGGCCUGCUGGAACGGCUGGGGUCAGGUUUUCAGCUCCAAUGCCCUGCUUUGCACUCAACCUGCUGCCUCAUCAUCCUGCCUGGGUGAUGCUGGUGCACCUCUUCUGUGCCAAAAGAAUGGACGGUACUAUCUGGCUGGCAUGAUGGCACUGGGGGUCAAGCGGUGUGAUCAACAGAAACCAGCUAUCUUUACUAGACUGUCCGGCUUCCAGUCCUGGAUUGAGACGAUUAAGAACCAUGAAGGACUAAAAUAA